GAUCUAUAACCCAGCGAGGCGUGGACAAAGAGUCGCGUUGUUUGUGAACGAUUCCCGAUUCGCGCAUGCGCAAGACGAGAACCGCCAGUCCAACAUGGAGAGGAAAGUCCUAGCGCUCCAGGCGAGGAAGAAGCGUGGCAAAGCGAAGAAACCCAGUAAAAAGUCAGAACUGCACUCCAGGGGGGUCUCUCAGCAGGUGGAGUCACCCCCACCGGAGCCGGAAGAAGAGAUCCUGGGAUCCGAUGAUGAGGAGCAGGAGGACCCCAGUGAUUAUUGCAAGGGUGGCUACCAUCAUGUCAAGGUUGGGGAUCUGUUCAAUGGACGGUACCACGUCAUCCGCAAGCUGGGUUGGGGCCACUUCUCCACUGUGUGGCUCUGCUGGGACAUUCAAGGGAAGCGAUUUGUAGCCUUGAAGGUGGUGAAGAGUGCCGAACACUACACUGAAACAGCCCUGGAUGAGAUCAAGCUCCUACGAUCAGUCAGGAACACAGAUCCUGAUGAUCCCAACCGGGAGAAGGUGGUCCAGCUACUGGACGACUUCAAGAUCUCUGGGAGCAAUGGAACUCAUGUCUGCAUGGUGUUUGAGGUUCUGGGUCACCACCUUCUCAAGUGGAUCAUCAAGUCCAACUACCAGGGCCUACCGCUGCCGUGUGUCAAGAGCAUCAUCCGUCAGGUUCUCCAGGGCCUGGACUACCUGCAUUCAAAGUGUAAGAUCAUCCAUACCGAUAUUAAGCCAGAGAACAUCUUAAUGAGUGUCACCGAGCCCUACGUCAGGAGGCUGGCAGCCGAGGCCACAGAGUGGCAGCGUUCUGGAGCUCCUCCCCCUUCUGGCUCUGCAGUGAGUACGGCCCCCCCACCCAAACAGGCAAUGAAGAUGUCCAAGAACAAGAAGAAGAAGCUGAAGAAGAAGCAGAAGCGACAGGCAGAACUGCUGGAGAAGCGCAUGAUGGAGCUGGAGGAGCUGGAGCGGAUCGCGGGGGAUGCUAACGAGGAGGAGGAUGAGGAGCCUGAAAUCUUCGAGGGCCCCCCCUGCACCCCCCUCAAGGAGGCUGCUCUGCAGGACAUCGCAUGCGAGGCAGCAGAAGAGGACAGAGUGGAGAGCUGGGAGCCAGAUGAUGCAGGGGACACUGACUGUAAUGGCCACGCUCCCUGCACCAGCCCUGAGGUGCAGAUGGAGGCUGAGGAGCAGGACGACCCCCGACACCGAGCUCUGAGCCCGCAGCAGGAGGCUCGGCACCCCCACUCCGCCAGUCGGGCCUUUAACAGCGGCUCCAAUGACAGCUGCAGCGGCACCACAGUCAGUGACAGUAGUGGCUGUUCGGAGUCGAACGGGCUGCUGGGGGAAGGGAAGGAAGUGCAGGACCUGAUGGAGGCACGGCCACAGGACUGCCUGAGGAGCGAUGGAGCUAAGCUGGCGGCUGGGCAGCUGCUGGUGAACCCUUUGGAACUGAGCAAUGCAGGCAAGAUCCGGGUGAAGAUUGCAGAUUUGGGCAACGCCUGCUGGGUGCACAAACACUUUACAGAGGACAUUCAGACACGACAGUACCGCUCUCUGGAGGUGCUUAUCGGCUCAGGCUACAGCACACCGGCGGACAUUUGGAGCACAGCCUGCAUGGCGUUCGAGCUGGCCACGGGGGAUUACCUGUUUGAACCACAUUCUGGGGAGGAUUACUCAAGAGACGAAGACCACAUCGCAUUGAUCAUCGAGCUGCUGGGAAGAGUGCCUCGCAAGCUCAUCACUGCUGGCAAAUACUCCAAGGAUUUCUUCACCAAAAAAGGGGACCUGCGGCACAUCACCAACCUGAAGCCCUGGGGCCUGCAGGACGUUCUGGUCGAUAAGUAUGAAUGGCUCCCUGCUGAAGCCCAAGCCUUCACCAGCUUUCUGUUGCCCAUGCUUGAGCUGGUGCCCGAGAAGAGGGCCACAGCUGGCGAAUGCCUACGGCACCCGUGGCUCUCUAUGACUGAUGGUGGGGGGGAGAUCCCUCAGCAGACAGCCAGUGACCCCCUGGUCACCUCUGCCAUGACCCUGAGCGAUCUGGCCUUGAGCUCCAGCGAUUCGAUGGAGAGCCCCUUCCUCACCCCCAGUGAUGCUUCUCUGACGCCCAGCCUCAGCGAUGCCCCUCUGACACCCAGCGAACCCGCAGGGGCGCCCAGCCUCAGCGAUGCCCCCGUGACGGAGGCCACCCACCGUGAGCUCUGACCCUCGGGCACCUUGGCACAGAGACUGCUCUUCUCCUUAACCCUGCUGCACUAUGGCAGCUGCUGGGAGGUCCUCUCCUGCUAGGGCUCCCUCAUUUCCUGACUGCUUCAGAUGUUUUAGUUCUCUUUUUCCACUAACUGGGUAUUACUUGAGUUUUUUCCCCUUUUUCGUCAUUUCAUGAAGAAUCUCGUGCCCUUUGAAAUGUGGUGGUAUACUCCUCCUCUCAGAUUUGGGUACGGGGCCCCCCCCAUAGCAUACCCACUCCCAUUUACAUGAUUUUCCUGUGUUUGGUUUAAGCUGCACAUCCAACUCUAUGCCAGCCUGGGGCUUGGUCGGGGCUGAGGACACACACAGUGACAGCUAGUCAGGCUUUUGAUUGUUGCUGAGAUAGCUUUGCGGGUUGGAAUAGACAUGACCUGCUUUUCUGUUGCAGCAUAGUGAAAACUGUGUGGUUACACACAUACCUUCAGAAGCCCUAAAUGGCUUAAAAGACUCUCCCUCAUAAGUCUUGUCAUCCUGGCAAGUGCACCUCAGCAAGUUCUGGUGGAGUUUGGACAGGCCUAUGUUGGCCCAGUUGUUCAUGGCCUGUUUUUAUUUGGGACACAAUGUUUGCUGGAGGUGGGUCAGAGAGCCUUUACACAGGAAUCUUACCUUUUAGCCUUUGUUUCCCCAAAGCUCUGGUGAGGAAGUUGCCUGCAAGAAGCACUAGACUGUUAAAUAAAUUUGGUAUUUUUUCAUACCAUUCACUGGCCUGUAUUAAAGCUUUGUAUUAAACUAGUUGUCUGUCUAA